GACCCGUGAGCCCACGUACGCUCCCUCUCCGUGCCCAACCAAGCAGCAGCUAGCCAUGGCGCUGCAGUCGUCCCCCUCCGCGUCGGCUCCGGCCUCCGCCGACGAGCGGUGGCCGCCGCUGGAGUCGAGCCCCGAAGUUUUCAACCAGUUCAUGUGGUCGCUGGGCGUACCGGAGGACGAGGCGGAGUUCCACGAUAUGUACGGGCUAGACGCAUACGCGCUGGAUAUGGUGCCCCAGCCUGUGCUCGCCGUUAUCCUUUGCUUCCCUGAUCCACCCCAGGAUGCAAGUUACACUUCAGACCUACGCUUAUCUUGUGGAGAGAAGGAAACACGGGACCAGGUUUACUUCAUUAAACAAAUUGAAUCAUUGGGAAAUGCUUGUGGAACUAUUGCUCUGAUCCACGCUGUUGGAAAUUCAUCUUCAGGAAUCAAUUUAGUGGAGAAUUCAUGCUUGGACUUAUUCUUCAAAUCAACUGCUAGCAUGGACCCACACGAGCGUGCUUUGUUUCUUGAGAAGGAUGAUGCCAUGGCAAGGGCUCACCUAUUGGCCGCCAGUGAUGGUGUCACAGAGCUCUGUGAUGUUGUGGAAGAGCACUACAUUUGUUUCGUAGCUGUUAAUGGAACACUUAAUGAGCUUGAUGGAAUGAAGGAUGGACCUAUAAAGCAUGGCUCCUCUUCUUCUAAAAGUUUACUACAGGAUGCUGUAUCUAUCGUUAAGGGCAUCAUGCACAACAUUCCCGAUUCCAUCAACUUCAAUCUCAUGGUGCUGUCACGAAAGCAAAAUAGUGCUGGUACCACUUCUUAAGCCAGUGACUGAUGAAAGCAUGGGUUGAGAAGAACACGAUUAAAAGAACGAUUGUUUGGGCUCAAGGUGCUAUGAAAUUUACAUUCUCCUUGCACCAUCUUAAAGGUACCAUUUUAGACGAAAUUCAGCCAAAUUUCUUGGUUUUAGCAAUGUUUCCUCUAAUUGUCAAUUCUCCGUGGAUCAGUGGAUGCAAAUGUUUUUAAGUUAUCUGAGUCACUUCUCGUGAUGCUUUUGAUAUCA